AUGCAUCCAACUCCAAAUUUGAAGUUCGUUCAGUUCAAUGCGCAUUUGACCUUAACGCUGAACUAUGUUGCAGGUACGGUAAUUCCAGAGAGCAAUAUGCGAUUUGUGCUUGUCACUAUUAUUGUCGCUCUAUGCAUUGGCAUUUCUCUCUCACAGAUGACAUUCAGCGACCAUUGGAGUAAGAAAAGCUUACCCGGACCAGCUUUCCCACGAUACAAGCCAAGAGAGAGUGAGUCGUCUUCACAACAAAAACCGGCUCAGCAACAGCAAUUUUGUCAAGAAGAAAAAGUGACGGAUGCAUUAGCACAGCUGGCUCAACUUGGUGAAGCGCAGAACAUGCUUACCAGCUAUCUCAACACUUGCUAUCAAAGUCGACCCCGAGUCUGA